CCUUUAUAAUAUUGCAGAGUAUCACAUAGUGCUAAGGUGAAUAUCUACGGGCUUCCAUUUAUUCGAGAAAUGCCUAAAAUAACUGGUAUCUCAGGCUCAGAUUUAACUGUGACGUGCCCUGUAGCAGGCUAUCCAAUAGAUAAAAUUCAUUGGGAGCGUGAUGGUCAAACACUGCCUAUAAAUCGCAGGCAGCGCGCAUACAAUAACGGUACUCUAAUAAUAGAGCAACUGCAGCGACUCGAGGAUGCUGGAACUUACACAUGCAUGGCUCAAAAUAAACAGAAGCAAACGUCGCGCCGUAACGUGGAAAUACAAGUUCUUGUUCCCCCAAAAAUAAUGCCAAUUCAGGCAAUGACGAAUAUGUUGCGUGAAGGCAUGAGGGCCGCGAUUUCCUGUCAGAUACUGGAAGGAGAUUUGCCAGUGAGUUUUCGUUGGGAACGUAAUGGAAAACCAUUAAUAGGAACAGGAAAUGAGGUAUUCCGUCGAUUAGAUGAAUACUCUGCCAGUUUAGUGAUAGAACAUAUUACCUCGGAACACUCGGGCAACUAUACAUGUAUUGCCAGUAAUAUUGCCGGUUUGGAACGCUUCACUGUACCGCUUACAGUUAAUGUCCCUCCAAAGUGGAUAUUGGAACCAAAAGACUCCAGCGCGCAGGCUGGACAAGAUGUUUUACUACACUGUCAGUCUUCUGGAUAUCCAAAACCAACAAUUACAUGGAAAAAGGCAAUCGGUCCAACACCGGGAGAAUAUAAAGACUUUUUAUAUGAACCUACUGUACAACUCUUUCCAAAUGGCACGAUAUACUUUAAGAAGAUAAAUAAGGAGUCACAGGGGCACUUUCUCUGUGAGUCAAAAAACAACAUCGGCUCAGGUGUCAGCAAAGUCAUUUUUCUAAAAGUGAAUGUACCCGCUCACUUUCAAACCAAAACUAAGCAGAUUUCAGUGGCGAAAGGAAAGCAGGUGCACAUUCAAUGUAAUGUUCAGGGUGAUAAUCCUAUCGACAUCAAAUGGAAAAUGCACGCAACACAGCAGUAUUUAGAUGAGUCACUCGAUUCCAGGUAUACAAUUCGAGAUCAAAUAUUAGAUGACGGGAUGGUCUCUGAAUUGGGCAUUUCACAUACGUAUCGACAAGAUACUGGGAUUUAUAUAUGCCAAGCUAGCAAUGCAUUUGGUCAGGAUGAAAUGUCGAUUCAGUUAAUUGUACAGGAGGUUCCAGAGCAACCGAAAAAUUUGCGUAUUAACUCACAACAAUCACGCAGUCUGCAACUUACUUGGAGUCAGCCCUUUGCUGGAAACAGUCCAAUCGAAGGAUAUCAUAUAUACUAUAAACAAAUUUCUGAUAUUUGGCAAAAUGCAGAGCAUAUCGCGAUCACGGGUGGACAAACGGUUGUUAAUAUACAAAACUUACGUCCAGCUAAAGCUUACCACUUUCGGAUGACUUCUGAAAAUAAAUUGGGUGCGUCCGAGUAUUCAGAGGUCGUACAAGUAACCACACUGGAGGAAGUUCCUUCGGGACCACCGUUGAAUGUGCGCGCAGAAGCAAAGAGUUCGACUGAGAUAUCAGUCACUUGGGAUGCGCCAGAACGCGAUCAUUGGAAUGGAAUAUUGCUUGGCUACUAUGUUGGAUAUCAGAUGUCGUUGUCACCUGAAGACAAAGAGGUGAAUCCUACCCAAGGGUUUAGCUUUAAAACUGUGGAAGUGCGCUCACAUUUUGGAGGUGAAACUGUAUUGAGUAAUUUAAACAAAUAUACACAGUAUCAUGUUAUUGUACAAGCGUACACAAGUCAAGGUAGUGGGCCACCGAGCAGAGAGAUUGCCGUGCAAACAAUGGAAGAUGUGCCUUCUUCACCUCCAGAGAGUCCUCAAUGCGACGUGCUUGGAUCAACUUCAAUUUAUAUAACAUGGUCACCACCAGAUGUUGAUGGACAAAAUGGCAAGAUCAAAGGAUACAAAGUAUUUUUUAUAUCUGUUAAUGAAUUAUACGAAACGGAUCCCGAUGUUGUGAAGUCAACCAAUCAAUAUGUUACCAUAGAAAACUUACGCAAAUAUACCAACUAUACGGUUUGGGUACUCGCAUAUACCAAGAUUGGAGACGGUACAAAAACGAAGCCAUUUCACUGUCGCACACAUGAGGAUGUACCUUCGGCGCCCCAGGCCAUCAAAGCGAUUCCUGCAUCCAGCACUAAAAUCAUUAUUUCUUGGCUGCCACCGGAAUUUCCUAAUGGAGAUAUUACCGGUUACACUUUCUAUAUGUCCAUGUUGGAAGGGGGUCGUGAAGAAGGCACUCACAAGCGCAUACUUGGUCCCUUUGUUGAAAUGCACGAAACUCAACGCACACAAGAAUCCGCCACAUAUCAAUUCUGGUUAACAGCGUCUACGAAAAUUGGUGAGGGUGAGAAAACACAAGUUGUUACUGUGCCACCGAACAACAAAGUGCCCGCCCGCAUUGUAUCUUUUAGUCAACGUUUAAUAAGUCCCUGGAAAGAGCAUCUUGAAUUGCCUUGCCUCAAAGUUGGUUCACCAGCGCCCGUCACAAUUUGGCGGCAAGAUGGUCAUAAUAUGGAUACGAACUCACGCAAGGUUAUUGCGAAGAACGGCACUCUUUAUAUACGUGAAUGCCAGUCUAGCGACGCUGGUAAUUAUACGUGUAGUGUCGAGAAUACAUGGGGAAAGGAUGAGAUUAUCUAUAACAUUGUUAUAAAAGUACCACCAGAAGCACCCAACUUAACGGUGGUGAAUAGUUAUACAGAUAGUUUACAUCUUGAAUGGAUGGACAAUAGUCACGGUGGAAGCCCUAUUCUUGGUUAUGUAAUAAAUUAUAAGCGAGAAAAUGGUGAUUGGGAGGAAUUGCAAGUGGAUGCUAAAACAAACUCACAUUUAUUAACAAAUUUAUGGUGCGGGACGCGUUAUCAACUCUACAUAACUGCUUACAACAAAAUCGGUACAGGCUUGCCGUGUGACAUUGUGAAUUCUUACACGAAAGGAAAUCCACCAGUACAACCGAAACAUUCUCAAAUGAUCACGAACAAUUCGACCAGUGUCACAUGCUGGCUGGACUCAUGGGGCGAUGGCGGUUGUGGCAUUUUAUACUUCAUGAUUGAGUCGAGGGUGUUUGGGAGAUCCCAAUGGAAUGUUAUCUCAAAUCAUAUUCCUCCGACUGAACGCAUUUAUACGGUUAGUGAUUUAGUUCCUGGCACUAAAUAUCAACUAAAAGUUACAGCUCACAAUAAUGCUGGCUCUACAACAGCAGUGUACAAUUUUACAACACUCUCAUCACAAGGAGUUAUAUAUUCAACAGAUCACGCGAAUCCUGUAUCUCACAUGAGUGAUGGUCCCUUUUAUGCGAACUUUAAGGUGCUACUUCCUGUAUGUCUUUCAAUGUUUAUGCUAUUAGGUAUAAUAGCAGCGGUGCUACUUAUUCGUAAACGAAAAAUUGACAAUCAAGCGCGUUUGGCCUCUUCUUCAAUGUCCGAGUCGCCAUCUCUGGCCAAUUUGCAAAAUAAACAAAAUCGAGAUCAACAGUACUUAGCCGUGCGUUGCAACCCUGGUAGUGGACCUACACGUGGUUCGCAUUCAAACGACUCAGGUAGCUUUGGCAAAGCUGAAGGCAAUGAAUACAUAGAAGAUAUCUGUCCAUAUGCAACAUUCCAACUAAAUAAACAAACAUACAGCGAAAGCUCAUAUAGUGGUAAUGUAUACAGUGGACCGUACCACUCUGUGCGUGGCUCAUUUGUGUAUCACGAUGUAAAACCAGACAAUUAUCAUUCGAAAGAGCCGGAGUAUACAAAGGUGCGUCGGAAAGUUGGGCGUUUACGGGAUCCGCAUUCCGAAAGUCAAGAAUCGGACAAUCCAGGUUCAACAGAUUCCGAAGUUAGGAAAAUCCUAACUCUUCACAUACCAAUUACAGAAUAUGACACAUUAGGAUCCGAGUCCGACAACGACGUGUCUACCCGAGGAAUCAACUCUGCGAAGUAUCGUACUCAACGUGAUACUCAAGAUGAAACAUCUUCAUCGUCUGAGACAACACCGACAAGUUUAUCGAGGAAAUCGAAACCCCCAUUUGUAGCUCGUAAAAGCGGAAAAUCAGGUACAAGUGGUAAACGCCAUGUGCGCAGCUCCAGCGGUUAUUCAAGUCACAACGAAGAAACAACGUUUAGCAUAUCUAACUAUCCACAAACUUAUCAGGACCACAUAAAUCCACCAGCGCGUUUUUCCGACUCUAAUGAUAAAUCCAAGGCUCAAACUUCACCUCGGGUACGCGGCAAUCAGAAACUGCAAAGAGAAGCCUUUCAAAUUAAUGUGUAACAACAACGGACUAAAGCCGUGCUGAACUGCGAAACAGAACAGAAAGACGCAUAGUGAUCAUUGCCAAAUAUCUAUCAACUCGGAAUGUGAAUCUAUUUUACUUCUUGAGGUCACCUAAUAAAACGAAAUUCUAUUUUGUAAUUUUUUCUCGGUUUUUAGCGCAUAUUUCUCAAUUCCCGUUAUUAUAUAAUACUAGGAAAUUGAAUUUAAUUUAAGAAAUUACAAGAAAUAACAAAAUUUUUAUAAUUAUUUUUAAAAAUCUUCUGAACUAAUAUUACAGCCUAUAUAUCUUACAUAUACAAUAAAAAUAAUACCAAACACAUUGUACGAAAAUGGAUACGUUAAAUGUUUAAGUAAAAAUGCGACAGUGUAUAUAAUAACAUUAUAUAUACAAUAAGUCAUGAUAUUAUAAUUUUUGUUUUAGUUUUAAUCACAAGGAAAUCGAAUUACAUAAAUGAACAUAUAUAGUGUGAGUAAUAUAAAAAAAUUAUCUGUUAAACAAAUGUUUUCAUUCAAUCAACUUAUAGUGAAUAACUUUUUGUAUAAGUUUAAAUUCAUUAAAAAUGGAUAAAAAUAAAUAUAAAUCACAAAAAGACUUAUUUACACCAGCAACUUAACUAUAAAAAUAUAUAUAGCAUAACAUAGUUAUUAUAAUAUUUAUUACCGUUUAUUAUUCUUCAAUGUUUUUUACUAAGUAGAUAUUAUAAUUUUUUCUAUUAAAACUAUAGCAUAAGCAAAUAAGAUAAUAAUUAUUGUUAAAGUUGUGACUAUACAAACUUUCCGGAAGAGUUGCAAUAUAUACAUUGUUAUAAAUUGGGCCCUUACUUACCUAAACAUAUUUUUUUUGAAUACGCUUUUGAUCAGUUUUAAAAAUGAAUAAUGUUUUAGGCCCCUAUUAUGAGUUGCAUUUGAUCGGCGACUAUCGAUGGUGAAAAAGUGCUGAAAAUUUUAAUAUACUUUUUGCUGCAUACUUUUUGGAUUCCAGAUGCUGACUUUAAACGUUUUUUACUUUAGCAGGUCUAAGGUUGUGAGCACAGACUAUUUAUGGAAUUUUUAAUUUUAAUAAAUAUGAAAAAAUAGUAGCGGUUGGAUCAGAGAAUGCGCUCUUUUUUAUUGUUCAUUUUCUUCGUCUUUCAUUUUUGGUACAACGAUAAUUUCCACAGGUUUACCCAACUCAUUGUAGGAAUUUGCCAAACAAAAUCAUAAUGGGGGCCUUUGAAACACAUGUUCUUUUAUUCGUAGAAUUGAGAAACUUUAAUAAAAAAUUACUUAGAAAAUAUGUAAAUAA